AGGCACCUUGUCGUGGUGCGGGGGCUUAGUCGAAUCAUUAAUCAGACCUUAUUAGCGGAUGGCAGUGUACACAUUUGAGUACCAGUGCUUGGUGUUUGCACUCCAUUCCCCUGACUCGGGCUGCUUUUUGAACGAUGACCAAGUUCUGCCAAUACCCCCUAAUCCAGGGUGUAAAGCGACACCGUGCCCAUUGGAUGGUUUGCAGCCAGGGGGUUUACCAAACCGGCUGUAUUUGAACGGCGCCUUCCUGACACCGGGCCGCCUCAGGGAGUAACUGUGGCCUUACCGCGGCAUGGGGCGCUGUCGUGGUGUACCGUUUGAAUUCCCCACUAUAUUACUUAGACUACUGAGCUCGCCUCGUCGAGCAGGUGGUCGUACGAACAAGAUGAAGUCAACUAACAAUUAUACAAAUUACAAUUCAAAUCAACAAGUAUUAACUCAGUUAAUAGGUCAAUUGAUGAGAGGUGGCGACUCAUCAAAUGGCUAUAGAGGAAGAAGUGGAGGUGGUGGGUCCAGACAAAGACGCGUCAUCAGACGAACAGCCACAAGAAUAAGACGUCGACCAGGAAUUAGAACGCAUGCCAGUGCAUCAACGCGACGACCACUGUCUACUAAGCCAUCAAGUAGCGGAACGAGUACGAAGAAAACUUCGUCAACAAGUGCAACACCAAAGCGAAGUGCCACAGAAAGUAAUGCUGAACCUGACAAGAAAAAAACCACUUUGGACGACAAAACCAAAAGCGGUGACACUAAGGAAAGCAAAGCAAAAGCAAACGAUCCUAUUUUGAAGGGGUUGUGCGAAUCGGGGGUGCGAUGGUAUAUGCGAUAUAUAAAAGAAGGUUUAGAACCAAAAGUGGCAUGCAAAAAAGCUUGGGAACACCGUACAGAACCGGUGGAAUAUGAACCUCAAUGGGGAAAAGAGUUCCAACCGAGAGAAGUCGAAGACGAGCCCAGAUACCGACAGCGGAUACGAAGAAGGGUAGCAAAAAGUGUUGAGAUCAACGAGGAUUACCGUAUUGCGGUACAUCCCAAAGAUUUCCCAGAUCAAAUGCUGGACUUGGAUUCGGUAAUAGCACUGGAAGAGGCCAUUGCGACGGAAAUAGCUAAAGGAGCCAGUGGAAAACUGCAAUUCUCCAAUGCCCAUAUGCGACCAGGUGCAUUACUCUGUGAUUGCGUAAAUGAGGAAACCGUUAAUUGGCUAAAAGAUAUCGUCGCCAAGCUAUCUGAAUGGGAGGGUCCCGAGCUGACGACAAGCCAAGAACGUGUUAUUCCAGAUGCUUAUGUGAUGACAGCGGCUUUACCGAAGAGCACUGAGCAAGAUUUCCAACGCACAUUGGCCUUGAUUGCUGCGCAAAACGAAGAUUUAAAUACCGAAGUAUGGAAAUUAGUGAAUGAACGUACAGAGGAUGGAAAGAAUGUGGUGACGAUACGUGUAGAUAAGGAUUCCUUCAAUACAAUGAAGCGACAUGAAUGGAAGCUUUAUUAUCGAUUUGAAAAAGUCAACGUACAUUUCCAUCGCUACUUAAGGUAUAGCGAAAAGCCUACUUUAUGGAUAACGAACCCUAGUUGCCACAAACAAAAUCAGGUGAAACCACCUGGUCCAUCAAAUGCAGUAUAAAAUAAAAUAGACCAAAAAAAGAAAAAAAAAACGUUCCAAAAUCUUCCCUCGUCCAAUAAAGUGAUGUCUUUGUCUUCCCACUUGCAACAUCUCCAAAAUCCUAAGUGAAUAGAAGUUUGAGCGGAAUGAAAAUACUUUUAUAACCAAGAAAUGAGUUCGUUGUUGGCGUUUACUACCAAUCUGGGUUGCCCAAACUUGUUCCGGUAACUUUGGUAUGUGUUUGCCUGUCGGAUGAUAACCAUCGGCAUCGGCUACAUAUGUCAUCGUGAUGGGUAUGCCUUCUGCCGAAAUGUACUGCACCACACCACUAUGGCCGAACUUAUUUCCCGCUGCUUUUGUUGUGAUGCCGUUGGAUGUUUGGAAUUCGUAAUGAAAAUCACCGCUUUCACUCGGUGCUUGGUUUUUGUAGUAUAUGAUGUGUGCAUCACGAUCAAGUGGUUUUACAGCCGCAUACACAGGUUGCAAGUGUUGUACAAAGAUAUCACAGAUGACUACACACAAGAGGAGACGUUUAAACUGCAAAUGGAAGAGAGAAGAGAAGAGAGCAACUAUUUAUUAUCCAUAAAGGACUAUAGUUAAGCCAGUUAAAUUAAGCGGUGCAUUAAGAACAAACCGUUGUUUGGAAUUGUCCAACUAUGCUGUAUCGAAUUUUACGUGUCACCCGUAUUUUAAACAACAUUCCCAUUAUUUGAUUCGUAAUAGCGUCCAAUGACACAGCUGACGGGAAAUGAAUAUAUUCUGAAAGCACCGUCCGGAAGUUCAGUUAGCAGCACGUUUAUUUGUUUUUCCAUACACAUACAACACAAUGAAUCUGCCGCUGGCGGAUUCGUAACGAAAUGAAGCGGGUUUCUGGCGCGAUGGAAGCUUUUAUAGAUGCGUCGCUGAUAUGCAAAUUAAUUCGGCAAACAAUUCUUAAAAGAAGAGAAAAAUUGUCGUCGUUAAUUAGUUUAGUGUCACAAAAACGACAUAUCCAUCCCUCUGCAAGUUGUUUAUGUCAACUCGAGUGUUUAAUGCGACGUGACGCCUGCGUAUUUCACUCAUCAAGCACUGAGCAAUAGUAAUGCAUGCAACAACCGCUAUGUAGAGUGCGCUUUGAUCGUUAGGAAUCUUGUUUGGCACGUUUGUUGAAUAUGUGUCUUUUGCGGAAUUAAAUAAAUAUUAUGUAAUGCUUAAUUUCAACCAUAUUAAUUGAACUGACCGAUGGAGUUGUCAACUGAUCGCUGCAUAAAUCAUAAACAUCAUCAGAAAAUCUACUUAAUUCACCAAUUUCUACAUACUGUGCAUUUGGAAGCACGUGAUGCUAUAGAAGUAGCCCUAUGGAGCGAGAAUAUUUAUAUCAGUAUCAAAUAAAUAAAAUCUUCAUUUGUGCGCCGAUAUGGCAGCCACUAACUAAA